UACAAGAACAAAAAGUGCAAGCGAAAAACGACAAUUGUGCAAUUGCUGGGCUGCUGUGCGAAAAAAGAUACAAUUGAAUAAAAGAGCGCGCAACAUUGUUGUUGCCCGAAGGCGGGCGAGAGGAAUAGAAAGCAGAUCAGUGGAUUUAAUUAAAGACAUUCAUCGCUGCAGGAUGAGAGGCGCUUGGUGAUACAGGUCGGAUACUUGACGGCCAUGCAGAAUGCAGACUGUUUGGCUGUUGCAUAAAUUCCUCCAGGCGACCGACAUAUACACAUCACGUGUUUGACUCUGGCUACAAAUUUGUGGCCCACGAUCACGCGCACUCUCCCAUCCACUCUCACUCCCGCCACCGAUCUCUUUUGUGGUCGCGAUGUUCUCUCUGCAGCAGUUAGUCAGAGCGACGGCGAACGGCGGCAGCGAUCUCAGCCGGCUGCUGCGCCACAUAAGCGGCGUGACGUCAGGAACUACAACUACACUGUGCACUGCGGCAGCCACAAAGCACUCUAGUCAAGCGAAGUUGGGCGACAACGACAGUCACGGUUCGCCUUCGCACACAGACGGUCGCAGUCACGGUGAAUCAGAGUCGGAUUUGGAGUCGGCGCACGGCCAGAAUUUGUCAGCACAGCAGUUCGCCAGGAGGAUAUUGCAGCAGCGCAGCCAGGACAUACAGCGCCACAUUCACACGCAGGCAUCCAAGGGACAGAACAGAGCAAAGUCCUCACAGCAGCAACAGCAGCAGCAGACCGCCACCAAGUUUGCCAUGUCAUCGCUAGCGGCGGAACCGCUGCAAUCCCAGAAACAGGAUGAAGUCACGGCCACCACGGGUGGCGAUGUGGAGAACCCGGGACUGGGAGCCUCGUGCCACGAUGUGGCAUCCGCAUCGCCCAGCGCCGGCAAGAAGCCCUGCUUCAGCACGGGCCUCGGCGAGAUUAUCCAGUUCAUGGAGCUCAUCGGCAAUUUGAAGCACACCAAACGAACCGGAUGGGUUUUGCGUGAUGUCAACGACUGCGAAUCGAUUUCGGGCCACAUGUACAGGAUGAGCAUGCUGACAUUCCUGCUGGAUGGCAGCGAGGGACUCAAUCAGAUCCGCUGCAUGGAACUGGCAUUGGUACACGAUUUGGCGGAGAGUCUGGUGGGCGAUAUAACGCCCUUCUGCGGGGUUUCCAAGGACGAGAAGAGGGCAAUGGAGUUCAAGGCAAUGGAAGAUAUAUGCAAGUUGAUCGAGCCUCGUGGCAAGCGCAUUAUGGAACUGUUUGAGGAGUACGAGCAUGGAGAGACGGCCGAAAGCAAGUUCGUCAAGGAUCUGGAUCGCCUGGACAUGGUUAUGCAGGCAUUCGAGUACGAGAAGCGGGACAAUUGCCUUCUGAAGCACCAGGAGUUCUUCGACUCGACGGAGGGCAAGUUUAACCAUCCGUUCGUAAAAAAGCUGGUCAACGAGAUCUACGAGCAGAGGGAUGUCCUGGCCAAGGCCAAGGGAGCAACACCCCCGCCGGCCAUUGAGGUGGAGUGGCCCACGAAACUGGCCAACGGGCAUGACGGCUCAAGUUGAGCGUUAUUCUAGGAACCUGUCUUAGGCUAGCACAUGAACACAUCCUCAUAUAUAAACCACCACCACGCUCUUAAUUUGUAAGCCAAUCCAACUAACAAACGUUAAGCCUACCUCGACACGCUCAUAGCUAGAUCUAACUUUUAACACACUAAUUUAUUGCGAAAGAAAAGGAAAAGAUGUAACCGAUGUGGAGUAGCUAUCAAUUAUUCUGAACAAACAAACAAACACCUGUUGAACACGUCUCCUUAGUUAAAUUUCCUAUAAGUUAAGCGUAAAGUUUGCGGAUCGAGUUUUAUCCAAAUAUUCAAUUGAUCUGACUUAGAGACACAAUUGUACAUAACUAAAACGAAUUGUAGUUUAUUUUAAAAUGACUAUUGACGAGGCGAAUUAUUGUAAAUGUUGUCCUAUAGCAAUUUUAUUCAGCAAGCCGAUCCUAUAAAUCAAAAUGUAAGACCAUAAACAUAAUCAAAAUACUUGAUUUUUUAAUAAUUCGUUGGCACCUGCAUUACUUUUACCCCUGUAUCGAACAAUUAAUAUAACAUUGUGAAUUAGGCAAUAUAAAGAUGCAGUCACGCUUCAGACGUGGCUAAAAGACAA